AUGGAGAAUGUCUCCACCGCUGGCGGCCCGCCGCCUGUCUGUAAUGACUCUGUGGACUUCUACUCCCUCACGUCAGGGAACCACACUGACUGCACUCCUCCCUCUGAGUUUUACUUCUACGCUGACCUUUACAUCAUUUUACCGAUCAUCUACUCUGUCAUUUGUGCAGUUGGACUGACUGGCAACACAGCUGUCAUCUAUGUUAUCCUCAAAGCCCCCAAAAUGAAAACUGUCACCAAUAUGUUCAUCCUGAACUUGGCGAUUGCAGAUGAUUUGUUCACUUUGGUGUUGCCAAUCAGCAUAGCUGAACACUUACUGAACUACUGGCCUUUUGGUGAAGUGUUGUGCAAAGUUAUCCUCAGCAUUGACCACUACAACAUAUUCUCCAGUAUCUAUUUCCUGACAGUGAUGAGCAUAGACCGCUAUCUAGUUGUUUUGGCCACAGUGAGGUCCAAACGGAUGCCUUAUCGCACCUACCGAGCAGCCAAAAUCAUCUCAUUAUGCGUCUGGAUCCUCGUCAUCCUCAUCGUCAUGCCUUUCACUGUUUUCGCUGGCGUCUACGUCAGCCCAAACGAUGGGAGGAAGAGCUGUGUGCUCAGCUUCCCUAGCCCUGAAAGUUUGUGGUUCAAAACAAGUCGGAUCUACACACUCAUCCUGGGCUUCGCUAUCCCAGUCUCAACAAUCUGCAUCUUAUACACCAUGAUGCUCUACAAGCUGAGAAACAUGCGACUCAACAGCAAUGCCAAGGCUCUGGACAAGGCCAAGAAGAAGGUCACCAUCAUGGUGUUCAUCGUCUUGGCUGUCUGCUUGUUCUGUUGGACGCCAUUCCACCUCAGCACCAUCGUGGCUUUGACGACCGACCUGAGGACCACGCCGCUGCUAAUUGGGAUCUCCUACUUCAUAACUAGCCUGAGCUAUGCCAACUCCUGCCUCAACCCUUUUCUUUACGCCUUCCUGGACGACAGCUUCAGGAAAGCCUUCAAGAAGAUGUUGGAAUGCAGACCAGCCUGA